AUGGAGAUUAGAGCUGGCGAGUGGAGGAAAUUCAGCGCAUCCCGUCCCAAGUACACUGCCAUCUUCCUCUUCUUGGUUGUGUCUGCUGUGUUCUUCCUGCAACGUAACAUCAAUGUGCUGAAGUUUCAGAAUAAAACCACCCCCACCACUCCUGUCCCAAACCGCCAACACAUCAACUGCAGCCACCACCAGCUGUCGCCUGAGGAACGCCGCCUGCUGGACUCCAUCGCUUGGCCUGAAACCCCUCGCCUCCCUGUGCCCAUAUCCCUGAACACGACCUCUGACCCCGCCCACAGCACCUUCACAAUCCUGCCGGUGAGGGCAGGAGGUCAGUGGCAUGUAGGCGAUGAGCUGGAGGCUCUGAUCCAAAUUGGUGACUUUCAGGGUCGUCCAAAACAGUACGGGGGAGAUCUUGUGAUUGCUCGACUCCAUGACCGGACCCUCAGUGCAGGCGUCGUCGGGCGAGUGGUGGACCACCUGAACGGCUCCUACACCGCUGUGUUUCCAUUACUCUGGGAGGGACGAGCACAAGUUGAGGUGAUGUUUAUUCACCCCAGUGAGGCCAUCACGGUGCUGCACAGGAUAGACAGGGAACACCCAGACCGAAUUCAGUUCAAGAGCAUCUUCCGCUCCGGCUCUGUCUCUGAAACUUCAGUCUGUAAUAUCUGCCUGCCUCCUGACCAACCACUGUGCAACUACACCGACCUCCACACGGGGGAGCCAUGGUUCUGCUACAAGCCAAGAAAUCUGAGCUGCAAUACCAGGAUGACCCACUCGAAAGGAGGCUUCAAGCCAAAUCUCAUGGCCAAGGAGGAGACGCUUUUUCUAAGAGGGGUCAACAUGAAAGUCUUCAUUCAUGCAUCAGGGUCUAACAUCACUGUGCUACCAAAGGAGCAAGGACAACCAGAGGUGAAGAGCAGCACCGUGAAGCCUGAACCCGCUGGAUAUUACUACCAGGGUGCAUGGCAAGCACUAGGGGGUGCUGCGGUUCGACAGUUCAACAACGCCUCUUCCAUCAGCCAGUGUCUGACAGACAAGGUGGUUCACCUGUACGGCGACUCCACCAUGAGACAGUGGUUUGAAUACUUCAACACAGUUCUGCCAGAUCUUAAGGAGUAUAAUUUCCGCAAUAACAGGAGAACUGGACCGUUUAUGGCUGUGGACAUUGCACGGAACAUCUUGGUGAAAUACCGCUUCCAUAGUCCUCCAGUAGUCACUGGAGCAAUAUUCCUAACCAACGAGCUGCGCUAUGUUGCCAACGAGCUGGAUAAUAUCGCUGGAGGCUCCAACGCUGUUGUGGCUAUCAGCGUCUGGGCUCACUUUGGCGCUUUCCCCAUCGAGGUGUACAUACGGCGACUUCAGAGCAUCCGCAGGGCGGUGCUGCAGCUGCUAAACAGAGCUCCUGACACGCUGGUGGUCAUCCGGACAGGAAACCUCAGGGCCUUGACACUUGGCAUUGCGCUGACCAACAGCGACUGGUACUCACUGCAGCGGGACAAGGUGCUCCGGGCCAUGUUCAGUGGGCUGAACGUUCGCGUGGUGGACGCCUGGGAUAUGGUCCUGGCCCACCACCUGCCCCAUAGUCUUCACCCACAGCUCCCCAUUAUCAAGAACAUGAUAGACGUCCUCUUGUCCUACAUAUGCCCACCAAAAAAAUGA